GGCGCCCCCAGGGGAAGCGGGGAGCGCAGCUGAGCCCCCUCGGGGAACGAGCCUACCUCUCCGCCGAGAGGGGUGACGCGCCGGGGCACCCGCUGAGGAGCCCCCCGCUGCCCUCCCCCACGGGGGACGCCGUCCCCUCGCCCGGGGCUUGCGCCCCGUGCCUGUGGGUGAGGAUGGCCUGGGCUCUGAAGCUGCCGCUGGCGGACGAGGUGAUCGAGUCAGGGCUGGUGCAGGACUUCGACGCCAGCCUGUCGGGCAUCGGCCAGGAGCUGGGCGCUGGGGCCUACAGCAUGAGCGACGUCCUUGCCCUGCCUAUCUUCAAGCAGGAAGAAUCGAGUUUGCCUCCUGAAAACGAGAACAAAAUUCUGCCUUUCCAGUACGUGCUGUGUGCCGCCACUUCCCCUGCCGUCAAGCUCCAUGACGAAACGCUCACCUAUCUCAACCAAGGGCAGUCCUAUGAAAUCCGGAUGCUGGACAACAGGAAAAUUGGGGAGUUGCCAGAGAUAAAUGGGAAACUGGUAAAGAGCAUAUUCCGGGUGGUGUUUCAUGACCGGCGGCUGCAGUACACAGAGCAUCAGCAGCUGGAGGGCUGGCGGUGGAACAGGCCUGGGGACAGGAUACUGGACAUAGAUAUCCCAAUGUCCGUGGGCAUCAUUGACCCUAGAGCAAACCCAACCCAGCUCAAUACAGUGGAGUUUCUAUGGGAUCCUUCAAAGAGGACUUCUGUGUUUAUCCAGGUUCACUGUAUCAGCACGGAGUUCACCAUGCGGAAGCAUGGAGGAGAGAAGGGGGUACCUUUUCGGGUCCAGAUAGACACGUUUAAGGAGAACGAGAACGGGGAGUACACAGAGCACCUGCACUCUGCCAGCUGCCAGAUCAAGGUCUUCAAGCCCAAAGGAGCUGAUCGGAAGCAGAAGACGGACAGGGAAAAGAUGGAGAAGCGGACGCCUCAUGAGAAAGAGAAAUACCAGCCUUCCUACGAAACUACGAUACUCACAGAGUGUUCUCCCUGGCCAGAGAUAACGUACGUCAAUAACGCGCCAUCCCCUGGCUUCAACAGUUCCCACAGCAGUUUUUCCAUUGGCGAAGGCAAUGGCUCUCCAAACCAUCAGCCCGAGCCACCCCCUCCGAUCGCAGAUGUAAGUCACACCUCAGAGCUUAUGCUUGUGAACCUCUUGCCCACCAGCACACCCCAGGAGGCCCAGCAGUGGCUGCACCGAAACCGCUUCUCCACUUUUUCUCGGCUUUUCAGAAACUUCUCAGGUGCAGACUUACUGAAGCUGACCAGAGAAGACGUUAUCCAGAUCUGUGGCCCUGCAGAUGGCAUCAGGCUCUUCAACGCGUUAAAAGGACGGAUGGUGCGGCCCAGACUGACCAUCUACGUGUGUCAGGAGUCCCAGCAGCUGAGGGACCUCCAGCAGAAACACGAGGACGGGGACACAGUAACCAGUACUUUUUUUGUGUACCACGCUAUUUAUCUGGAGGAACUGACGGCGGUGGAACUGACAGAAAAGCUGGCCCAGCUCUUCAGCAUCUCUUCCCAACAGAUCAGCCAGAUUUACAAGCAAGGUCCGACGGGGAUACACGUGCUGAUCAGCGAUGAGAUGAUACAGAACUUCCAAGACGAAUCCUGUUUCGUUCUGGACACCAUGAAAGCUGAAACCAAUGAUAGCUACCACAUCAUCUUAAAAUAGGAGGGGACGGGAUGAGGAACACCCGUGAUCCUCUCGUCGCACACGAAGACCCUUCACUUCCAGCACAAGGACACGAGCAGAGAUCUGGAAACUCCUGGGCACCCUCUGGAAAGACCCCGAGCUGUUGGUUACUCGGCUGUCUUUCUUGCAGGGGACCUCCUUGCUCUGACGGCAUCUAAACGGCCGUUGAUGGUAACGUGCUGCUUAAUUGCUGGAGCUCUGAGGCUUGAAGUUACCAGGUCGCACUCUUGUGUAGCUCUCGGUAGAAAUUUGCCAUUGGGACUUAAGACCUGCGUGAGGGCUUUUUCUGUGGCAGGUGUGCUCUGCUCUUCUGAGAGGCAUCAGCUCCCAUGACACUCACAGACUGGCAAGACAACAUGAAUUAAACUGGCCCAACAAAGCCAGCUGGCCCUCGGGCACGUGCUGAGCUGAGCAGGUCUCAAAUACGCUGCGUACUGUGCUGAUGGAGUGGUAGGCUAGGGCUGGGAGGGAUUUUCUUAAAAGAUUUUGUUAAGCUUUCAUUUAAUAUUACGACGCGUCUGUUAGACAAAGGUGGUGACUUCGUUUUUCUCCUCUCCACCCACCCCGAAAAUGGCGUUGGCUGUGUUUGUGUGCGGGUGUGGUGCCAUCCUUCCCUUGCGAGUGUAAGGUCGUCAGGAACUUUAUAGACAGAUUUAGUUGUAUAAAGCCGGAGCAAAACGUGGAGUAAAGCGGAGUUGGAUAAAGAAACAGCUAACUAGCUUGGUCUGUGGGAUUCUUUUCUGCAUGUUUUAGGGAGAAAAAAAGACUUGGCUAUCUCUGCUGAAAAUUUGGAGCCAUGUCUACCCGCUGCUUCGUUUUCUGCCCCUGCGUCCCCCUGCCCGGCCUCCAUCGCUGCCCCGGCGUUGGUGUAGCCCUGCGCGCACUAAGGAGGAGGUGGACAGCAAGUUCAAAGGGUUAUUGAAAGCCCUUGGACUUGAUGGCGACAAAAGUGCUUCUGUGCAGGUUUCCAGGACAGCAGUGAAGUCUCUGGGGUGAAGGAUUUGCUCUGCCGUGCAGGUGGUGGAUCCUGUUCCCCGUCCGUAGGAUCCCUCGGUAGAGACUGAGAUGCCCGGGGUGACGCCUGCCUCUGACCAUCAGCACUACCCGAGGGCGUUUAGAGCCAAAAAAUAGGGGAAAAAUACAAUGUAAAGCAGGGCUCUUAUUUUUAAAUAAGGCUGCAGUGAGAUCCCAGCCCCAGGCAGGUGAUGUAGGUCUGGGGAGGGCCCGUGGGGUGAGUGAAGGCACUGGUGGGUGCGACAAUCACGACGGCCACGUCCCUGCUGCUAAAAUACCAGCUGCUCUUCUGUGUUUGUAAGCCAUAAACGAUUCUGUUCCUA